CAAUAAGUCUACAAUGGCUUUUUCCUGCUGUCUGGACUUUAGAAUAAAUGUAGAUUCUAGAACUGUCAUUUAACAGUUGUACAUUUCUGUGAAGUUAGCUUAAUUUGACUGCAAAUGUCAUGUCCAUAAUGCUGGGAUAGCUCAUAUCUGCAUUAUUGUUUGUGUUUUUUCAGCUGACUUGGGUGGGAAAGAAUCAUUGAAUAACAGUGAUGGAGCAAAGAGAACCAUCAGAUUCAGAAAAGCAUGCAGAAUGUUCCCCACAAAACAGAACCUCAGAAACAUGGAAAAAGCUGAAUAAAAUGGAUGACUGGACGAAAGAGGAUGUCCGUCAAUGGCUCAUGAAGUUGAAAGACCUUCAGAAGUAUGCUGAUAUGCUUUACGAUGAAGAUGUUUCAGGAGCCGCUCUCAUUUUAUUUGAUAAACAAGACUUUCUAGAUCUUGGUUUAAAGCAUGGACCUGCAGUUCAACUGGUUAAAACCGUGGCCCUGUUCAAAACAUCCUCAGAAAAUGUUGAGCACAGUGCCAUACCCAAGGUCACAGAUGGAUCAGUAAGGACAUCUGCAACACAGCAUUUUCAGCAAGAAAAAGCACCAGCUGAAAGUCCUACCAUUGGAUCUGCUGAAUUGGAGACAUCAGCACACUUCAGCAUUGAAGAAAAUAUGGUUGGUAAAUCAAGUGUACGGAGAUGGUCAGAAGACAUACCCAAAUAUACAAGCAAUGGAAGGGAGUCCUUCUAUGAUGCAUCACCUUUUCAAGAAAAGAAGGAUCUACUAUUGGAGGAACGGGAUGAUGGCAUGUACACAAAAGUAGAUGGGGCAAAUGGUGCACAAUCCCUGGCUUUACCUUUGACACAUUGCACAAAACAAACAAAUAAUGAGGGGAAUGAGACCAAAGAAGACCUGAGUAACUCUGCAUUUUGUUGGUGUACGCCUCGGCCCUUUGAUGAAAGCAGCACAACAUUUGAAUACGUCCAAAAUCAUAUACUUCCACCUGAGACUGGUCCAAGCAAUCUUAUUGACCCUCUGCAUGAGUACAAGCUCAUGCUGAGGACAUCCGAGACCAACACAUUCAAUGGUGAUCUGGACGAAACAGAGACUGAACAAAAAGGUGAGCUCCGGAUUGUCCUGCUUGGAAAGACAGGGGUUGGGAAAAGUGCAACAGGAAACACCAUCCUUGGAGAAAAAGUCUUUGAAUCAAGUGCUUCAUCUUCAUCUGUUACUAAAAGAUGUAAAAAGGAAACUAGGAUUAUUAAUGGAAGAGAAGUUUCAAUUAUUGACACCCCUGGUCUUUUUGACACAAGUAUGAGCGAAGAAGAGAUAGAGAAAGAGAUUAAGUUGUGUAUAUCUUAUUCUGCUCCAGGUCCACAUGCCUUUCUAGUUGUUGUUAAACCAGAAAGAUUCACAAAAGAAAAUGCAAAAACAAUACAAUUAAUUGAGAGAAUAUUUAGUGAAGAGGCAAGAGAUUAUACUAUGGCACUGUUUACUCAAGGAGAUCAACUAGAGCAGGACAUUAAGACAUUUAUCUGCAGUAAUUCCGCAUUACGGGCAUUUGUCAGGAACUGUAUGGGACGUUAUUUCGUGAUUGAUAAUAGGAAGCAGGAUUCACCACAGGUUAUGCAGCUGGUGGACAAUAUUGAUAAAAUGGUUAGUGAUAACUGCGGUGAAUACUACACUAAUGACAUGCUUCAAGAGGCAGAGAAAGCAAUUGAGAAGGAGAAACAACGAAUCCUGAAAGAAAAUCAAGAACAACGAAAGAGAGACAUUGAUGCUCUAGUGAAGAACAUGUGUCUAAACAUUAAAAACAUAGAACAAGAAAAGCAAAUAGAGAAAAUGAAAAAGCAGCUUGCAGAGAAGGAGGAGAAAAAGAUAUCUGAUGACCAUUGCUUCUCUCCCACAGAACAGCUGUGA